CACUUCCAUCUAAUGGGACGGAGGGAGUAGUAUAUAUAGCAUACAGAAUAGCGGGAACACACGCCUUUGACUUUAAGGUUCGUCAUAGUCAAAGAUCUCUUCUUGUUGAUCCUUGUCUUCGUGGACACUCAAACUUUCAGGUAAUUUGCUUGUAAAUGAUGGAUGUCAAAACCUCUGCAAGCACUUUUGAAGGAUUCAAUCAGAGAUGUUCCAAGGGCAAGAGUUCAUUCCGAGCUACAACGGGUUGUGAUGACAAAUUUUUGCAUGUUAAGCAGCAUGCUCAAACUAGUGACACGGCAAAGCUGAAGAAAGGCUCAAAAAUUGUCGAAGGAGGUCUAAGACAAUACAGUAUAAUGGUUUGUAAGAAGGUGGAAGAUAAGGGGCGAAUCACAUACGGUGAGGUUGCAGACGAGAUCAUAGCCGAAUUUAUGGCAACAGAUAGCAAUUCCUCAGUUCCCAUUAGUGAGUCAGAUGAGAAGAAUGUACGUAGACGAGUGUAUGAUUCACUCAAUGUCCUUAUGGCCCUCGACGUUAUAGAAAGAGAUAGAAAGGAGAUCCAUUGGAAGGGCCUUCCUAAUUCAGAUGCAAGGGACAUGGAGGAAAUUAAGAUGCUGCAUGCAGAAUUAAUGGCUAAGAUUGGGAAGAAAGCUGCAUAUCUGCAGGACUUGGAAGAGCAACUUGCAAAUCUGCAAAAUCUUAAGCUGCGGAAUGAAAAAUUGUGUAAAUCUACGAAAGGCUCUUCACAAGGGGUCUCUUUGCCAUUUGUACUUGUUCAGACUGCUCGCCAUGCUAAGCUUAAUAUUGAGAUCUCGGAGGAUAAUCAGUUGGUCCACUUUGACUUUGAAAGUUUUAUUUUCACUUUGCACGACGAUGCUGAUGUCCUCAAAUUGAUGCGCCAUCAUGGGCUCUUAGAGAGCAAAAGUGUAUCUCCAACUUCGUAGAUACACUCAUCUUAUAGCUAGUCCUGAUGUCGCUUCAGCAGGCAGCAAAUCAUUGUACUGGAACUCCUGAAUUGGCACGUCCAAAUGAUAUUUUGUCAAAUCGACAUAGAGACUCCAGAAUUAGUCACACAGUAUUUCUACCUCUCAGAAUACAUGGUCAUACAUGGCUUUAGUACAGCUUAUGUAGAAGUUAAAAGGGCUGGUAAUUAUAUUUGUUGCAUUUGCAACACUCAAAUAGGCUGACACCAUGCCUUGGUAGUUUUUGGUUAUUUUCUGGAAAAUGUCUAUAAGAUUUUGGUGAACAGAAAUGUACUUACUGCAUUUCAUGUUUUCUUUGGCUGCAAUACAUCCAUUGUCCUUAAAUUUGCCAAUAAAUUUUACGUAGAUGCUCGAAUUGGGGUUUGUUCCAAUUGAGCACUUGAAUACAU